AUGGCUGAUUCUGCAGCUGAAGACGACAACCGCUCGCAGAAGCGCAGCCAUGCAGAGUAUGCAGAGCAAGACGGCUCGGACUCCUCGUCAGAUGAUGACAUGGGACCGCAGCUCCCCACCGAGGCCCCGAAGAAGAAGCGCCGCGUCUUGCCUUACGAAAAGCUAUACAUCUCUGCGCUGCCAAAGUCUGCCCGAUAUUCGAAAUCGCUGAUGCACAAGGAGCAGGUGCUCUUUACUACGUGGACCCCCUUGACCGAGUUCCUCAUAACGUCGUCUACCGAUGGUGUUGUGAAGUUCUGGAAGAAGAUAGGGCAGGGCAUCGAGUUUGUCAAGCAAUUCAAGGCACACAAUGGCACCAUCACCUCUGUCUCGGUGAGUCGAGAUGGGCGAAGCUUUGCGACUGCUGGCGACGACGAAACCAUUAAGAUCUUCGACGUCUUCACCUUUGACUUGCUAUCCAUGAUCACCUUGAAAUAUGUUCCCAAGUGCGUUUGCUGGGUUCACAAAAAGGGGGCGUCUUUUCCUCUGUUGGCUGUGUCGGAGGAGGCCAAGCCAUUGAUACACAUUUACGACGGUCGGGGCGAGCAGGAGGAUGCGAUCCACACGAUAAAGGGCCUACACAGAAGCCCAGUUCAUCUUAUGGCGUUCAAUGACGAAUACGAUUGUGUUGUUUCGGCAGAUGAGAACGGCAUGGUCGAAUACUGGCAGCCUAGCGGGGCUUACGAGAAACCCAGCAACGUCUUUGAAUACAAAAGCUCGACGAACCUAUUUGACUUCAAGAAGGCUAAAUCCGUGCCGACAUGCCUUACGAUAUCCCCCAAUGGGAAGAGCCUUGCUGCAUUUUCAUUGCCAGACCGGAAAAUACGCAUCUUUGACUUUGCGACGGCCAAGCUACAUAGAACCUACGACGAAUCGCUCCAAGUCGCCGAAGAUAUGCAACGAGCGGAUACAGCAGCACAGAAGCUGGAUAAUGUGGAAUUUGGUAGGCGGCUGGCUCAGGAGCGGGAGAUUGAGUCUCAGGCCCUGAGAAACCGGUCAAACGUCAUCUUUGACGAGUCGGGAAACUUUAUCCUCUACGGUUCAAUGGUGGGAAUCAAAGUCCUCAACACGUACACAAAUCAGGUUGUCAAGGUCUACGGCAAGGAUGAAAACCUCCGCGCCGUGAAUCUGGGCAUGUACCAAGGGCAGCCUCAAAAGAAGGGCAUCGUGUCGGUCGAGAUGGGUGCUUCGAGCAACCCGCUUCUGCAGGAGUCAGAAGCUCGCGAUCCGAUCCUGGUCGCCACCGGCGUCGGCAAAGUUCGAUUCUACAUGUUUACGAAUGAGGAAGAGAUAUCCAAGUCGACGCGAGACGUCCAGAACGAGAAGCCCACUGUGCUGGGAGGCAAGGAUAAAGCGCAGGCAGCCAAGAAGGUCGAGACCGGCACCGCCGCCAUACUACACACUACAUAUGGCGAUAUUCAUAUCCGCCUCUUCCCCGACGCCGCGCCCAAGGCGGUGGAGAAUUUCGUCACACACGCGAAGCGCGGCUACUACAACAACACAAUAUUCCACCGUGUGAUUAAAAAGUUUAUGAUUCAAGGCGGCGACCCCCUUGGUGAUGGCACUGGCGGCGAGAGUAUUUGGGGGCGCGACUUUGAGGAUGAAUUUAGCAGCCUGAAACACGACAAGCCUUAUACGGUGAGCAUGGCGAAUGCAGGACCUAACACCAAUGCCAGCCAGUUUUUCAUUACGACAGAGAAGACUCCUUGGCUAGAUGGAAAGCACACCAUUUUCGGACGUGCGACACAGGGCUUGGAUGUGAUUCAUAAGAUUGAGAAUACAAGAGCACACAAGGAGAGGCCAGAGGAGGACAUCAAGAUUCUCAACAUUGAUGUCAUGUAG